AUGGAAGAUGCUCAUACUCUAGGUGGUUCUGAUGUUCCCAAGGACGUAUCCUCGACAACCCCGAAUACUCUCAUGAUGCGAGCUUGCGAUGCUUGUCGAACUCGCAAGAUACGGUGUGACCGACAGUAUCCCUGUUCGCAUUGUGAGCAGAAGAACAUUGACUGUACCUAUGCCGAAAUCCAGGCCAAGGAGAAACGCACUCGCAUCCACUUUACUCCUAUUUAUGAAAGAAAAAUUGACCUCAUCGAACGCCGACUCGACGGCAUCAUCGAAAUGUUGCACGAUCUCAAAGUAAGUCGGCCCAGCACCGAACGGUCUUGGGCAAGGAGUACACAAACCCCAUCCACCGAGUCUCAAUCCACGCCAGCGGUGUCCAGCCAUGAACCCCAGGCCGACUCGGCCGGUGGGCCACUCGUGGCAGGGGACUCUUUAUUAACUGCCCACUCUGCUUUUGCAAACGAAUUCCUGCAAAGCUUCCUGAGCACGGAUUCUGUGCAGAAUUGCAGUCUAGAAUUGCGUCAGACUCUGGAUGCACUUGCCCAUACUGUUGCUACACUCAAAAAGCAGACUACAUCGAGCGACAUAAUUGACCCUCACUUAACACCUGCUCCCCGUCUCCGACUCCAAGGUUUCGAGCUUCCUCCCAUUGAGAAGGCUGUUGCCCUGAUACCUCUAGCGAAAUGUGAGUACCAAUUUGACUGUAAUGAGCACGUAUAA